AUGGUGGAUCCUCAAACUCUGGUUGAAAAUGCUGUUUUUUACUAUCAAGAAUUUUCUGAUGUCCAGAGACAAAAUAAAUUGUUAUCCAUUGCUCCUCAUCAUGCUCCGCUUCAAAGUCCUCAGUGGAGUUUUCCUCCUAAUGAUUUUGUCAAAGUUAAUGUUGAUGCACCUUUCAGUUCUUCUUCAAAAUUAUGUGGGGGUGGCUAUGUUGCUAGAAAUCAUGAAGGGCGUGUUCUUAGUUUGGGAUCUUGGCUAUUUCAAGAUAUUUUUUCACCAGUGGUAGCUGAAGGUCUUUCACUCCGAGCCGUAAUACAAGUUUGUUUACAAUGGGGCUGGCCUAAAAUUAUUUUUGAAGGGGAUUGUCAAACAAUUAUAAAGUUGUGCUCAUCAGAAGAAGCUUUGGCUACGAUUGUUCACGAUAUCAAGGUUCUUCUUCAGCAUGGAGAAGAUUUCUCGUUGAAUUGGGUUCUACGACACUGUAAUAGGGUGGCUCAUGAAAUAUGUAGAUGGUCUUUUCUUUCUAAUUUUUUUGAGCCUGUAUGGUCCUUGGUUCCUGCUUCUGUUGGAGAAGCUUUGCUGGGGGAUUUGUGUUGA